CUUCAGAACUCCAACAUGUUGCUCCUCGUUUUCUUUCUUGCACUGGGUCUGGCUGCUGAACUUCCUUCCGAUGGAAACGAAGUGAAACUGCUGCGUGGCAACUGUCCAAUGUUCUGGUACAGCUUCACCGGCCGCUGCUACAAGUACCUCGCCACAGACAUGACCUGGGCUGAGGCAGAGCUCUACUGCGUGUCACAAGGAGCCAACUUGGUGUCUGUCCACAGCGCUGCAGAAGAUGAUUUUGUUAAAUCUCUGAUCAAGAACUUCGACCCAGCUGAGGGACGCACAUGGAUUGGACUCAGUGAUCUCCAUUAUGAAAAAGGAUGGAUGUGGUCUGAUGGUUCUGCAGCAAGAUUCUUCGCUUGGAGUGCCUUGCAGCCAGACAACGGCAGUGAAGCUGAACACUGUGUGCACACUAACUAUAUCGGAGAUAAAAAAUGGAAUGACGUACCUUGUUCUGUCCACUACCCCUUCAUUUGUGUGAUCCGCACAACCGGUCAAUAGCAGCUGAGAUGGUUUAGUAUCUAAUUCAACCAGGUUGCUGUUAGUUCAACAUUGUGUUGACAUUUAUGGUGUCUUGGUAAUAAAGAACCCUUGUAUACCUGUGCCUGUACUGAAGUCU